AUGAAGUUCGCCGCUACCCUUGGCCUCUUCGCCUCGCUGGUUGCUGCCCAGCAGGUCGGCAAGGAGCAGAGCGAGACUCACCCCAAGAUGUCUUGGUCCAAGUGCACUGGCACCGGAGCCAACUGCGAGAAGGUCAACGCCGAGGUCGUCAUUGACGCCAACUGGCGCUGGCUCCACACCACCGACGGCUACGACAACUGCUACGACGGCAACGAGUGGGUCACCUCGGUCUGCAGCACCGGCGCGGAGUGCGCUGAGAAGUGCGCGGUCGAGGGUGCCGACUACGGUACCACGUACGGUGCCUCGACCAGCGGUGAUGGCCUCACCCUCAAGUUCUUGACCAAGCACGAGUACGGCACCAACAUCGGCUCUCGCUUCUACCUCAUGAACGGAGCCGACAAGUACCAGAUGUUCGAGCUCAUGGACCACGAGUUCACCUUUGACGUUGAUCUGUCCACCCUCGACUGCGGUCUCAACGGUGCUCUCUACUUUGUUGCCAUGGAGGAGGACGGUGGUCUCGCCAGCUACCCCGGCAACAAGGCUGGUGCCAAGUACGGUACCGGUUACUGCGAUGCCCAGUGCGCCCGUGACUUGAAGUUCAUUGGUGGCAAGGGUAACGUUGAGGGCUGGGAUGCCUCUUCCAACGACGCCAACGCUGGUGUUGGUGCCAUGGGUGCCUGCUGCGCCGAGAUUGAUGGAGUCCAACGCGCACGCCUUCGCACUCACCCCCAUCCUUGCAAGGACAACAACUACCACAUCUGCGAGAACGACACUUGCGGUGGUACCUACUCGGAGGACCGAUACAACGGUCUCUGCGACGCCAACGGUUGCGAUUACAACCCUUACCGCAUGGGUAACCCCGACUUCUAUGGUAUUGGCAAGACUGUCGACACCAGCAAGAAGUUCACCGUCGUCACCCGCUUCGAGGAGAACAAGAUGUCCCAGUUCUUCGUCCAGGACGGCAAGAAGAUUGAGAUCCCUGCCCCCACGUUUGAGGGUCUUCCCGACUCGUCGGCCAUCACUCCCGAGUUCUGCGACACCGCCUUCGAGGUGUUUGAUGACUUCAACCGCUUCAACGAUGUUGGUGGAUGGCCCCUUCUCAACGACGCGCUCAGGAUUCCCAUGAAGGAGGGUACCCCCGGUGCCGCCCGUGGCCCUUGCGCCCAGGACUCUGGUGUCCCCGCGGACGUCGAGGCCAACUUUGCCGAUGCCGCUGUCGUCUGGUCCAACAUCCGCCACGGACCCAUUGGCUCCACCGUCGACGUCUAA